AUGGACAACCAAACGAACGCCGUCGGAUCGGCCCUUUACAUUCGACCAAAGCACGCCGUGCUGAUCGGUUUGGGCCUGAUUUGUAUGCUCGCGAUCUCGGGAUGCAUCCAGAAGAUCUGGGAGCGCGAUGAGGACGCGGCGGCGCGUCUCCAGAACGCGCCACAAAUCGUGCUUGAGGAUGACGAAGAGUUCCACAUGAUCGUCAUGCAAGCCCCAUCCCCUGGAUGGUCGCUCCGGCUCGACUCAACGGAACGCACCCCUGAAGGCAAGCGCGUGUUCGUCACGAUCCGCAAACCCGAUCCCGCGUAUGUCUACACACAACAGAUUGUGCUGAUGCGCGUGCUCACACGCGUGCGUCUGGACACCGAACUCGAGGUCGUCGGACGCAUACUGGACUUUGAUGAGAAGACCAAAGGCAAGGGCUACGCUCAAGCAACGCGUGAUCUCCUCGCGUUGACGCUGAUUCCUGGACUGGGACCAGUUCGCAUCGAUCGGCUCAUCAGGACCGCUGGAUCUGCUGAGCAAGUGCUCAGCAUGUCACUCAGUCAACUCAAAUGCAUCGAAGGGAUCGGUUCACAGACCGCUUCGAGCAUCAUCGAGCGCCGAGCGGAUGUGUCGCAGCGUGUGGAUGAGGAACUGGAAACUCUGGAUGAAGCGGGCGCUUCGAUCGUGUCUGUCAUGGACGACUGGUAUCCAUCGCUGCUGCGCGUGAUCCCAGGCGCUCCACCCAUUCUUCGUUUUAAGGGCUCACUCGAUCCCGCCAUACUCCAGCAUCCCAUCGCGAUGGUCGGAUCACGCAAGUGCACGAUCUAUGGCACGGAACAAGCAACGCGAUUCGCACGAUCACUCGGGAACGCGGGAUUCACCAUCGUCUCCGGCGGCGCGCGAGGGAUCGACUCCGCAUCGCAUCGCGGAGCACUCGACGCUGGAGCGAAAACGCUCGUCGUCCUCGGAUGUGGAUUGGGUCAUGUGUAUCCAAAGGAAAACGCUGAGCUGUUUGAUCGUGUUGUCGCGCAAGGCGGCGCGAUCAUCUCUGAGCUCCCCUUCCAUACCCCGCCAAGCAGCGAAAACUUCCCGGCUCGGAAUCGGAUCAUCUCUGGACUCUCGCUUGGAGUAUUGGUCAUCGAAGCGUCGCGCCGAUCAGGCGCGCUCAUCACUGCUAGACACGCGGUCGAGGAUCACGCACGCGAGGUGUUCGCAGUCCCAGGACGCGUGGACUCGAGUGCUUCGGGAGGGAGCAAUGAGCUGCUCAAGUCAGGUGGGGCGCAUCUGGUCAGUGAGCCGGGGGAGAUCAUCGAGAUCCUCGAACGCAGCGCCGGAUCACUCAAACAAGGAGCGAGAGAUCCAAUCGCAUACAAGUCCCCCACUCUCAUGCAGCAACCCAAACCUGAACCGAUUGGGGAUCUUGAUCCGCUGAGCCGACGUAUCCUCGAAGCGCUGGAUGAGCCUCGCACUGGGGAUCAGUUGAGUGAGCUGCUGAACAUCGAUCCCGGCUCGCUCCGUGCAUCGGCAACGAUGCUGGAGAUCCAAGGGCGCAUCAAGCGUUCUGGCGCACGCUUUGAGCGGACUCGUUGA